AUGUUGAACAGGGUGAGUUCAGCUGUCGUUCAGCGAUAUAUGGCGCAUAUACUAGAAGCUGCCCUCUCGCGAAAUUCGGCCAUUCAGGUGGCUGCUGUUGACGUUCUCACGUUCACCAUCAAACAAGGAUUGGCACAUCCUCUGCAGUCCUUCCCAGUCAUCGUUGCUCUGGAAACUUCUCCUAAUCCUGUGUUGUCGGGACGAGCGACGGCAUUGCACGGUCUGCUCCAUCAAAAGCACUCGUCUCUUCUGAAUACCCGGCAUAUCCAAAGCGCACGCGCCUCGUUCGACUACCAGCGCACAAUUGAUCCAGCCCACGUGCACGGCUACCGAGACGGGACUGCUUUGCUCGGUAGAUGGUAUGCACUUGUGCGGGAGAAACGACAGACACGACAGGAGUUCCUGAAGCUCUUGGCCAAAGUGUUCCACCCUGCGCGUGCUGACGAAGCGACGCAAGACGAAGUGGACUUUGUCAUCACGGUCAUCAAAGAUCUGACGGCCAUAUUGUCUGUCGAGGGCAUGCGUGUGCUCGAGAUUAUUUCGCCGUCCCACCUCAUUUCCCAGCUUCGCGGAGACAUCGCGAUGGAGGUCGACCAUGGAGCCCCCCAGAGCAGAACGCCGUUGAUGCGCGCGUCGGUCAUCAUCGGCAUCGUGAUGCUCCUCAAAGCGCAUCUCAAAGCCAUGUACUCCUUGUCCGAAGAAAAAUGUUCCAAAUUCGUCAUGAACAAGAAGAGCGCCGUUGGCGACAGGCCCGCGACCCCGAAGCACAGGAACGCCAUUUCUUGGGACCGUCUACCAUUCGCAACGGCCCCGAUCCUGACCUCGGACGACUGUGAAGCACAGAAGGAGAAGUUCCUUGCUGUUUGGAAUGAAGAUGGGGUGACCGCUGAACCGCAAGACGAAUUCCAAUGA